AUGGCCGAGAGCGCGGGGGCAGGCGCCGGCCGGGGGUGCGGAGUGGGGCCAGCCGCCACGCACGGCUGCCCCUCGGCCACCGCCACCCCCGGCUCCCAGGGGAGGAGAGGGGCCUGCAGCCCCCCGCGAGCCGCCCGGCGCUGCCGGGGAGCGGGCGCAGGCAGGACCCCAGGGCUCUCGUCUGCCCACCCUGGCGACGUGGGGAGCCCCCCAGCAGCAGGACAGGGCCCCCCGGGGCUGCCGUGCCCCCAGAACGCGGCGCGGGAGCGGAGCCGGGUGCGUGCGCUGCGCCGGGCCUUCCUGUCGCUGCAGGCAGCCCUGCCCGCCGUGCCACCGGGCACCAAGCUCUCCAAGCUGGACGUCCUCGUCCUGGCCACCAGCUACAUCGCCCACCUCAGCCACGCGCUGGGCCGCGGGCCCCCCCCACCCAUGCCCUCCCGCCCACUCCGUGGACACCCACUCCUGCACCCCAUGAAGAAGUGGCCGAUGCGCUCCCGCCUCUACGCCGGCCCCUGGGGGGCCCCCGGGCCUGACCCCCCCGGGGCAGCCGCAGCCACCAGCAGCCACGAGCACGCAGGCCUGGGGGACAGCAGGCUGCAAUAA